AUUUUACACAACUUUAUUAUUCUUUACAAUUUACAAUUUUGUUUUUAAAAUUUGUUGUGCUUCACAAUCACAAUAUGACGCAACGGCUAACUUGGUACUUGCUUGUGUGUCAAACUGUCAAUAAUGAAUUUUGCCAUCAUGACUCAUCAAGAAGAACGACAGAACGUCGACUGCACUGAUUGUGAUUUCCCGCACUUGGCACUUGUAUUUUUGACAUAUACGAUCGUGUAUGCUGCUACUGCUGUCAAACGAGAAUUCGAGUGAAGUUCUUAUAUAGAAAUUGCGACAAUUUAAAAGAGGUGAUAAGCCAGCAAACACUGUUUAUCAUCUAAACGGAAAAAGAAGCCGAUUGAACAGAAAUGGAAGAUAACUUUACCAAGAUGGCCGCGAUGGGACGUCGUUUUCAAAUGGGAGAUCUGUAUGAUUAUCACACACUGAUAACAUUCUCACAAAUUGUCGACUGUGGUGAGAUUCAUCCAAAUUCGCGAAUGCCACUGAUGCCACUACCGGCUUCAAAAUAAACUUGAUUCGUCCCGAUUCAAAUUUUAGCAACAAGUGGCAGCACAUGGGUCUUGACGACCAUCUUCAGGCCAGCAUCGUGACUGGUCUCAUCAACAAAUUCAGCGGAGCCAGCAACUACCUGAACGAUCCAUCGAGCCCGUCACAAGUCACCCAAACUCUUGUGUGUCGCACAAAGUCCAGGAAGGAGCGUCUGGAUGUGCAAACUCUUCUCCAACAGAUGAGCCCUUUACGUCUGCCUGACAGCAUGGAUGCCGAAAUGGAGUUGCCAAAAGCCACCCAUGUCGUCGUAGGGAUCGUCUACGGAGCUGAAGCUUAUUGCGUCCUGAGCCAGGAUCUUGGCAUCAGCCACGAAGCCGACGAAGAAGCUCACGAGGAAGCCGAAGAAAAUUUAAGAAAAAUGGCAACCAAACUGGAAAACGCAUUAGGCGACAUCGACUUUGACGCCCAGUUACCUGAUUUCAAGGAGCAGUUCACCAAGGAAGAAAAAGCCCAGCUCACUCGUUGGAAAUGUCGGUUUUACUCCGACCUCCAAUCUUCAGCUGUUCGAGAGUGUAACGUCAUCAAAGUCUACACUUAUUGCCUGAAAAUGAUACGACAAAUCAAAGAAGAUGUAGAAAACAAGAGGAAAGCUAUCUCAAUCACAGUCCUGCUCUGCCCGGUGAAAUUCAUUUUGAAACUUUCCGAUGAAAGAUUACGGCGGGCAUUUGGAUUCAGCGAUGUCGACUCCGAAGUGACAGCUCGAAUGUGCCGGAACUGGUUUCAAUUGGAAGAAAUCCGGAACAAAGCGGAAGCCAUUCGAGCCUCAUCUUCUGCCAAGAAAAUCAACCGAGCAUCGCUGAAAUCUUUCUUUGACGUUUUGAAUGACUACAAACAUCUCCUGAGAGAAAGUCUGAAGAAUGGCGUCAUUAGGUCCAGGGAAAGUGACGAUGGUGAUGACGACGAAGUCGAAAGAGUCAACAGCAUUGCCGAGAGUCACGGACUGUUCAAACCAAUUCGACUGGAACGUUGGCUCCGCUUCAAAGUUUCAGAGUCGGAGGUGGUCGGUAAAAUAUCCGGCAUCAACGGAAUUUUAUUUUUAUCUGGGAAGCAACAACUGGAAAAGAAACUGGCCGAUUCGUUUGAAAAGAAAUACGCUUUGAUGCUGACUAUUCCGUCGCUGGAUGAAAAAGCCAUCGAGAUCCUAGAAGAGAUGAAGGACUAUUGUUUAAAUUAUCAAAAAUUGGUGGCAUUCGAGGAUGACAAAGGAUGAUGAAGAUGAUCAAGCUGAAAAAGAGAGACUUCCGUGGCACAUGGGUCCACGUAGGACAAAACAGGUGAUGGACAAGAUCCGGCAAUUUGCCAAUCACGUCGAGAAAAACAAACAUUUGGAGAAUCAAGUCCAGUUUUACAUCACUUCCGGAGGACCAGGUCAAGAUGGCUGUCGUUAUUCCGUCUACGAAGCUGAUAAUCUACUCAAGGACAACCUGGACCAGCUGCCCGUCCCCCCGACUGAUUUGAAAAUUCGCCUCGGUCCCGCUAAACCCAAUAAGAAGACUACGCCAUCCAUUAUUGUGUCGUGGGACUAUGAAGAUUUGGGUUAUCCGUGUCCACUUUUGCGUCGAGUUUCGACCGAUGAACAGUUCCGACCCUUGGAGUCAACAGAAGACGGCCAAGUCCGGAGAGAACCAAAUGAUAUCCUCAACUACAACAGUGGAGGACCAGAGCUGGAAAUUCGAGUGACCGCCGAUACCUGCACAGGACGCAGUGAGUUCAGCGACGUCGUUGACACCGAGACUGCACUGGGCGUUAUUCAUCUUAGCGAUU